AUGGCUGAAUGUCGUGUAGUCAUUUAUAUUAAAUCAGAUACCUAUUUAUGGAUUUGUGAUGUUUGGUCACGCUAUCUGCCAUGCGUAAUUCAAUUAUUAAUUUUGUCUAAUUUGAAAGAACUUGUGGAAAAUCGUCAUGCCGUUGAACGUGACACGGUAUUACAAGCUGAAAGUGCGUUGUGGCUAGAGCUCCGUAGAUGCCUGUUGACAGCCUCAUCAUUCAGCAAGAUUUGCAAGAGACGACCCAACAUAAGCUCAGCACCUCUUGUGAAGUCCAUCGUAUACUCGUAUUCGUUGGACAAAGUGCCAGCCAUAGAAUAUGGUAAAAGUAAUGAAAAAUCUGCUAUAGACCAACUACAGCAACAAGAAAACAUCGUUGUGGAAAAGUGUGGACUUUUCAUCGACAAAGAGCAUUAUUUCUUGGGUGCAUCUCCCGAUGGUCUCUACAACCAGGGAAUUAUUGAAAUAAAAUGUCCAUAUUCUGCACGCAACAUGGAUGCUGAGGAAGCGAUAAGGCAGCGCAAAAUUAAAUUUUGGAAAUUGGACGGCACCGUUAAUACCAACCACGAUUGGUAUUACCAAAUUCAGGGGCAGCUUCACAUUAGCGAAAAGAAAUUGUGUCUUUUUGCUGUGUGGACUGGUCAACAAUUUCCACUUAAAGUGGAAGUAAUAUCAAGGGACGAGGGUUUUUGGUGCCAAAAAAUGAAACCGAAAUUAAUCAAUUUCUACGAAAAGUGCCUCUUACCUGAAUAUAUCGACCCCAGGAAAAGCCGGUCGAUGCCAAUCAGGAGCACUUGUUUGUAA